AUGAACGGCUGGACAUCCCCCGAAGGGAUCCUCUACAUUAAAGAAACUCUAUGCACUCUUUUACCGUGGCCAAAUAGUCCCCACAACUGGCAAGUUAACAGUACUGCCAAUAUACUAGAAGAAAAUAAUCAGUUGGUUAUUGUUGCUUGCGGCGAAGGGAAGACAGCAGUUGCAUACUUACAUCAUAUCUUAAUCUCCCAUUUGUCAAAGAAGCCUCUGAGAUCCUUGCCGCCCUUUGUGAGAAGCAUUCGGUCAACUACUGUGGUCUUGAUGAUCACACCCCUGAUUGAUGUCGGACUGUGUCAGGUGGAAGAAAUGUCAAGAAUGGGAGUUAGAGUGGUCUUGCUAGACAAGGAGACAGUGAGGGAAGCGCACCAGAAAGGCAAAAACCUGCUAAAGGAGGUUGAACAAGGGAAGUGGUCGGUUAUCAUCGUGUCUCCAGAACGGCUGAACUCACCGGAAUUCGAGAGAAUUGUACAAAAUGAAUGGUUUAGGAAGCUUCUUGCUUUGUAUGUCAUCAAUGAGGCUCAUGUUGUCCUUCCAUGGGCCGCAGACUUCUGCGAAGCCUAUGGUCAGAUCAACCACUUUAUUGUGCGCAUCCCUGUUGGCAUUCCUGUCCUGGCAAUGAGCAGAACACUAGGCUCAGAGGCCAAGACAUCUCUUACCAAGUUUCUGGGCUUUUGCGAUGGGACAUAUCAGACAAUCCAAAGAUCCUGUGAAUGA